UAUUAUUCAACGUCAUACGUCACCGGAGGAAACGCUCCUACCACGAAUAGAGAGAGAAGAAGAAGAGAGGCGAGUAGAAUAAAAAGUGGAGUUUUAGUAGUUAGUGAAGUCGUAACCAUGUCACUGGGAGGCUGUUGGAAGCAGUUGUCAUGGUUUUACUACCAGUACCUGCUCGUGACCGCGCUCUACAUGCUGGAGCCGUGGGAGAGGACGGUGUUCAACUCCCUGUUGAUCUCCGUGGCCGGCAUGGCCGUCUACACCGGCUACGUCUUCAUGCCGCAGCACAUCAUGGCCAUCCUGCACUACUUCGAGGUCGUCCAAUGACCCCGACGAGUCCGUCCGUCUCCUUGUGUCCUUGUCUCUGAGGUGGAUUGUCUCCGACCACGUGGAGGCGGAGCUUCUCUCGUUCUUUUAUUUCCAAAUCUGAUUCAAUGUCAAAGGUCAAUGCUCUGGACAUCGUGCUGAGGUCACGUUGGACGAUUGUCUUCCCCCGAGACUGUUUCUUCUUCAUGAAAUAUUUUGGAUUUUUUUUGUGGACAGCGUUGGAGGCGGAGCCUUAGAAGAAGUUGUGCUUGGUGCUUUUAUCUUUUUUUAAAGCGAGCGCACUUCACUGUUUUUGAGACUGUGUAAUCCUACGGAUGUCUGGUUGUGUGGAGCGAUCAGACUUUAGUGUUUUUAUUGCAUUAAGACGUGAAAACACUGGCGGCUGAUGGACAAACACACCAUUUCACCUUUUACUCCAUUUUAUGAGCCACGUCUGAUUUAGUCAGAGACGGUUUUAAAGGAACAACUUCAGCCUUUUUCAAGCUCCACCGUCAUUUGUUCCCCCGUGAGACAAAGAAAAGAGGUCAUAGCUUCAACCUGGAAGGAUGGAAGGUGACCAAUCACACCUGAGAUCUGUCUCCUAUUUAUUGUAAGCUACGCUCCCAUCAUGCAGCACUUCCUCUCAACAUGCAUCAGCUGACUUCUGUUUUAUUUAGACGUUUGACCUGUGAAUGAUUGUAUUUAGUCAGAGAAUCUAAUGACUGGUUGACGUUUGGACAUUGUACCUGGUUACCUGUGGCUUCCUGUGUGUCCCUGUGGCUUCCUGUGUGUACACCUGUGGCUUCCUGUACUCGUGGAUCUCUCUGUUAGAGCUCGUGGAGAUAUAGUUCUCAGGUCCUGGAGAAAAGUGAUAUCUUAUUCCAGAGAGCAGAAAAGCUCCUUUAGGAAUCAGUGAGGUUGAAAAUGACACAAUUGUCCUUUUUUUAAAUUCUGGCUUUUAUUUAAAGCGCCACACACACACACGCACACACAGUUCCCUCUUUGUACAAAAAUGAUAACGGUUCCAUUUUAGUGUAAUCCUAUUUUAUGACAGUAUCCUUUUAGGAAAAUUAUGAUUCUUUUUUUUUUCCCUCCAAAAAAUGUGUUUUUCUCACUUUUGUGUAUAUAAUCUUGUAUACAUUUCUGUAAAGUUCUUGUAAGAUUUGUUAGCGUAUAGGAUGAAAUGUUUUUGUGAACUACUGAUGCUAAACACUGUCCUGUGACUGGAAUCAUUAAAGGGAUAUUUCACUAAA